UUCCUGUUGACGGGACUCCCUUUUCUUCUUCUCCUUCUUCUUUUCUCUCAAACCCCCCUCUCUCCCCUCUUCGUCUCUCCUCUCGUGUCCCGUGUGAAAAAAAUUCUCCUCCCCCCCCUCCCCCUUCUUCUUUCUCCCUUGGCUUCACACACCAGACAAUGGGUCUCCUUCACCUCGUUGAGGACCGUCCCACCCCCAAAAAUGUUUACAAUUGGCGAGUCUACGUCCUCGCCCUCAUUGCCUCAUGUGGUUCCAACAUGAUCGGCUACACGAGUGGCUUCAUCGGCACGACCAUCACCAUGCCCUCCUUCGAGCGGGAGUUCGGCCUCGACAAGAUGACCAGCGCCCACGUGGACCUGAUCAGUGAGAACAUCGUCUCGCUCUUCAUCGCCGGUGCCUUCUUCGGGGCCCUGCUCACCUACGGCGUGUCGCACUUCCUGGGCCGCAAGUGGAGUCUGACGCUCUCGUCGGCGGUGUUCAUCCUCGGGGCGGGCCUGCAGAUGGGCGCCAAUGGUUCCCGUGGACUCGGCAUCCUGUACGCUGGCCGUGUCUUGUCCGGACUCGGCACCGGUGUGGCAUCCAACGUCAUCCCGAUCUAUCUCUCCGAGCUAGCUCCUCCUGCCAUUCGGGGCAGAUUGGUCGGCUUCUAUGAGUUGGGCUGGCAGAUCGGUGGUAUGGUUGGCUUCUGGAUCAACUAUGGUGUGGAACAAACCAUGCCCGAGAGCCACAAGCAGUGGGUUAUUCCCUUUGCCAUCCAGAUCAUCCCCUCGGGCAUGCUGUUCCUGGGCUCCCUGUGGAUGAAGGAAUCCCCGCGCUGGCUCUUCCUCAAGGGUCGUCGCCAGCAGGCCAUGAAGAACCUGUGCUGGAUCCGUCAGCUGGAUGAGGCCGACAUCUACAUCACCGAGGAAGUGGCCACCGUGGACCAGGCCAUCGAGGAGCAGAUCUCCUCCAUCGGCCUGGGCUUCUGGAAGCCCUUCCGUGCUGUCGCCCAGAGCUCCAACCUCCGCUACCGCCUGUUCCUGGGAUGCAUGCUGUUCUUCUGGCAGAACGCCUCCGGCAUCAACGCCAUCAACUACUACAGCCCGACCAUCUUCUCCAGCAUCGGUGUGCAGGGCAACAUGAAGGGUAUCCUCAACGGUAUCUUCGGUGUCAUCAAGGCCAUCUGCACGGUCAUCUGGCUGCUCUUCCUGGUCGACCAGUUCGGCCGCCGUAAGCUACUCCUGUGCGGUGCCAUCUGCGGCUCCAUCUGCAUGUGGGUGAUCGGCGCGUACAUCUGCGUGACCAAGCCCACCGAGCACCCCCGGUCCUCCCUCGACGGCGGCGGUAUCGCGGCCAUCUUCUUCUUCUACCUGUGGACGGCCGUCUACACGCCGACCUGGAACGGAACGCCCUGGGUCAUCAACUCGGAAUGCUUCGACUCCAACAUCCGCCCUCUCUCCCAGGCGCUGACCACCGCCAGCAACUGGCUGUUCAACUUCCUGGUGUCGCGCUUCACGGAGCAGAUGUUCGCGACGAUGAGCUACGGCGUGUACUUCUUCUUCGCGGCGCUGUCCUUCCUGGCGUGGUUCUUCGCGUUCUUCCUCAUCCCCGAGACCAGCGGCAUCCCGCUCGAGGCCACCGACCAGCUGUUCCGCAUCAAGCCCGUCUGGAAGGCCAACGAGAUGCUCAAGCAGCAGCUCAAGGAGGAGGAGGAGCGCUUCCGGGCCGAGAUGAAGGACACCCCCGGGGCGUUCGAGAAGAAUGACCCCCAGGAGCACCUGGAGAGCGCCUGAUGAUUUCUUUUUCCUUUUUUGACUCGUGGAUUGCGUUAUGAUGUGUGUUGUUGGCGUUUUUUUUUUUCUUUCAUUCAUAUAAAGACAUGACGAUAGAAUCCUCCUGUAUAUAGACUUUUAGACUUCG